AUGCAGCUUAUUUACUGGCUGCUUUUCUUUCUGUUUGCGGGAUCAUCAAGUGGAGUUGGCGAGAGUAAGUUAAUGGAUUUUUUACUUUUAGUGAUGCUGGCAGUCUAAACCUUAUAAUUAUUUUUAUCUAUUCAUGCAGAUAGAACUCUAAUCUGCGAUAUAUUUUUCAGUUUUCGACAAUACAAUAUAAAACAAUUUUUUUCAAUUGGUCUUUGUUCAAGGUUUCUUAAAAAAAAGACACAAAAUCAUAUUUACAUGCACGUUUAUGCAAAAUCAUGAAGAUUAUUGAUUCUAGGGAAGGAAUAACUAGCGCACUCACAGACCGGCAACCGUAAAGGAAAAAUCGAUCAUAUUUCAUGCAAUUUUUGCCAUUGAGGAGGUAAAUGACAUUCCGCGAAGACACGGUAAAGUGUCGCACGAUAAGUGAAAAUUGGACAAAGCAGAGACAGUUAGUCAAUCUUCUCAGGGCCGUAAAGAAUGCGGGAGACUAGCGGGCGGGUAAGGUGGUGGUUAUAACAUGUCGUGGCGAAUAAGGAACGUAAUAGGAAACGGUUACUGUACAGUGUGAAUGAGUUACUAACGCAAAAACUUGUCAUCAUCGAAUCUACCAAUGACGUACUGCUGAAAGAGCUGCGGUCUAAAUUUGUAUCUCAUCUGAAUAUGUAGUCGUGACUAAUGAAAACAAAUACUGUUGUGCUACCUGAUCGUUCGAAGUAGACGUUGUUGCGUUGAACUGGUGUUGUUAUGCGUUGAGGUGCCCGUUCUGUUUGCUGUCUUCGUCUUACGUUGGCGUGCCUAUCUCUUAGCCGCAAUGCCGGUGAUUGUUCUGACUUCCAGUUUAUCGUUUCCUUCUAAUCCUAGGGUUUGCCUGGAUUAGAGUUAGGAUUGCGAUCGAAUUAGGAGUUAGGACUAACUAUUAGGUGUAGGUUGAUGUUAAGGGUUAGGGUUUAAGGGUAAGGCUUAGCGGUUAGGGGCUAAACCUAACAUUCUUUCCUUUUGCAUAUGCUGUACAAGUCUUAAUGAAUGAUUGGCCUCCUGGAUCAGCGUGGAUUUUGUUUUAUUUCGAACCGCGUAACUGCUUUAAGCGGUUUCUGUCUAGAUUGUGGUCUACGUCAAGCGUAGCGCAGACGUUUUUUCCUGCAUUAAAUAAUAUUAGUCUGGUAUCUACGACUACCUUGCCAUCACAUUAUUCGAUCAUCUUACUCUCAGCCUUACCGGCCUAACGUUAUUGUGACGUUCGACCUUCUGGGCUGUCCGCGUCCUAAAAUCCCCUAUGUGCCAUCUUCGUGAUGGUCGUUACGUCCAUCCACACACUGCGAAAUGCUCUUUCCAAUGCCUUAUUCAUUUUCAUUUUUACUUUCAUUGCUACGUCCUUUCCGCGCUGACACAUACCACUCCCGUAGGCUGUUUUACAUACGCCCAGCCACUUUCAUCUUUUCGCAACUAAUUUCGCCUUCUAUAAAGCAUUGCGAUACUUCUUCUCAUGCUUAUUUUUGUGCUUAAUUUCUCAAUUGUUCUACCCACGCGCACAUUAGUUCCACCCGCAAAACCCAUGCUACCGCCUGGCCUUUAUCGCAAGUGGCUGGUGCAAGUGUCCCACACUUAAAAAAGUUGUCAAAUGCAGAAACCCAAUGAAAUUGACCAGGCAAAAUGAUGGAAAAUCUCUAAAUGACUGCAGAUGCGGCGUUUGUAAUGUCUGAUUUUCCACAGAAAAAAGCUCGUGCGUUGUGCCCUGAGGACUAAGUCGGCAUCCCUCGAAUCGCCUACUAAAUAUAGACCAUCAGGCACUACUAAUGGAGCUUGCUUCCUCCUUUCAAAUUGCACGAAUUAUUCUACUAAUCUUCACAUCCGCGUCAUUUGUGGUGGUGUAUGUGUCCCUGGAAAGCACCGCCCAAAUUCGUGAGUAAAUUUUAUGUUGAAGCUUGAGUCAAGAGUAAAUGUAAGCCUACGCACCCAGUAGAAGGGAUAUUCCUUAAGAGUAGGAGGUGAAGGACAAACCAUGCCUGACACAUUCGUUCGACAUGUAUGGCACUUCCCUCUGUUGAGAAGGAGAAGAUUGUGAAUUCACGCCAUUAUGAUAUCUAAUGGGACCGUCUGCAUGCAUGGCGAUUUUAACGUCAAGUUAUUGCGGACUCGCUUCUGCUGGCGACAGUUCAGGUAGGUGUAGUAUCCUUUCGAUGUUGUCUUAGGGAAUCCUCAUUGCCCUGAUCGAAGGUUACUACUGUGUUUCGGCGGCUAGAUAAUUUGACUCACAAAAUUAAUGCGAAUCACUGAGUCCAUCUUCAAUUCCCCCUGUGUUGAGAUGGGCAUGUCUGGCUUAUGAGAACAUGCAAGUCAGAAGUGUCCACCCGGGCUCCAUGGAUUUGUUGGAAAUCCCAUCCUUUUAUUGGUUAUGAUUCCUUCAAGGACGACUGCAAGACCUAUAAAAGUCAAGUGCAAGUAAAAUCUAAUCAGCGGUUUCCCUUUGUACGGUAGGAACACACUAGUUUGUAUUUUAAUAACGUCAUAGGCCUCCAGUAUACCUUGUUUGCAACCCACUGAGGCCGGAAAUUAUAACGGCAUGGAUUUUCUAAUUAUUCAGACAACGAAAAUGAUUUGAACGUGCAAGUUCUGGCAACAAGUUCGCAAUCCAUACGAGUAACCUGGAGGCUACCGUCAGGUUACAGCAGUAGAGAUUUAAAGAAUUACGAUCUUUACCUCCUGGGACACUCUAGUCUUGUUCAGCGUUCUGUACAACCAGAGACAACAUCAUGCACCUUUGCAGGAUUGCCGCCAUUUACCAACUUCUCAGUCGAUGUACAGCCCGUCUUUACUGGCGCAACAAAGCCCGUUUUGCAUGGUGGAGCAUCAGCUAUCACAUGGCCCACAGGUUAG